CUGCCCAUAGAUGACAAUCUGCUGUUUGUCUUCCAAUUAACUAAGACUCGCUCUGCAUCCCUCAUUAGCAUAAGAGCCCUAUAAGUAGCAGAAAUCUGCUCCUCACUCUCCAUACACUUCUGGUGUUCUAAGAUGCCUGAGCCAGCGAAGUCCGCUCCUGCGCCUAAGAAGGGCUCCAAGAAGGCGGUGACCAAAGCACAAAAGAAGGACGGAAAGAAGCGCAAGCGCAGCCGCAAAGAGAGCUACUCUGUGUACGUGUACAAGGUCCUGAAACAGGUGCACCCCGACACCGGCAUCUCUUCCAAGGCCAUGGGGAUCAUGAACUCAUUCGUCAACGAUAUCUUCGAGCGCAUAGCGGGCGAGGCCUCGCGGUUGGCACAUUACAACAAGCGCUCGACCAUCACCUCCAGGGAGAUCCAGACGGCCGUGCGCCUGCUGCUGCCCGGGGAGCUGGCCAAGCACGCCGUGUCCGAGGGCACCAAGGCCGUCACCAAGUACACCAGCUCCAAGUAAACUUGGCAAGUAAGCGUCUUUGCACCUAGUCCCAACGGCUCUUUUAAGAGCCACCCACUUGCCCACAAAGAGAGCUGUGGUCAGACACCUAUUUGGUGGGCUGGAGUAAGCUUUAUUUAGAAAAAUCAGGUGCAUAAAGCUUGUAUGUACUUUUUAGUGGACAGUAAGCCUUUCAGGGCCAGCACUUAAAAAUGAAUCCUGAGUGGCUACCUGGGCCUAAUUUCAAAAUGGAGCCAAGCGGCCAUUUGCUGACUACAAGGCACACACGUAGUGUGUUCACGGAAGACGCCACAUGCUGGCGUAACUUUGGGACUCGGCUCUCCCUGUUUAUGCCGCCGGAGUCAAUGGCUGCCGGAAAGUCCUAUUUCGCCUCCUGGACCUAGCCAAUAGGCUGUCUUAUGGGCAAUUUUGGCAUUAGCCAAUCGGAACUAAACAGUGUUGCACCCCCUCGUUUGCAUAAACGGACCGGAGUGGGAACAGGGGCAGGAAAUUUUUCUUUUUAAGACAGCCCCUCUCUUUGUUCUUGAGCACGCUUUUUACGUACUGAUGGCUGACUCCGUGGUUUCAAACUAUUGGAAUAAAAUCUCUCAACCUAA